AUGGAUAUUCAAGCUCCGAGACGUGGGGUUAUCAGGAACAAUGAUCAGGAGCCGAGACCGAUUAAUGUUAUUGAUGUGCUUGAGAAGAUUACUGUUCCAAUCCAGCUUCAGAGUAGUAUUGAUCAGAUUCUUGAUGAUAAGCCGGAGAAUAGCAACAAAUCAGGGUCGUAUGCUGAUAUGGUGAAGCAAAAGACAUCUCCGAAGCGGGAAGUUAACUUCAGGAAGCUAGAAGGGUCGGAGAAGGUUCAAGAUGCGGAUGUAGUUAUUCCUCGCGAGGUAAUUAGAAAAGCUCAGGAAAAACUUGACAAUGUUUUGUUUGGUUAUUUCUUGGGGAAUAGGCUUCCUUUUCCGGUAGUGGAUUAUUAUGCAAAGAAUGCCUGGUCAAAAUUUGGUUUUGUUAAAGCGAUGAUGAACUCUACUGACUUCUUUUUCUUUAAAUUCGAAUCAAAGGAGGGUAUGGCUAAGGUUCUUGAAGGGGGGCUGUGGCUGAUUAGGAAGGUGCCUUUGUUUCUAAAUGUCUGGUCUCCAUCUAUAAGCCUUAAAAAAGAGGGUAUUAAAUCGGUUCCGGUGUGGGUUAAGUUACAUAAUGUACCGAUAGCUGUUUACACGGAUGAUGGGCUCAGCUUACUAGCGUCCAAGAUAGGAGUUCCAAAGAGAUUAGAUAGUUAUACUGCGGACAUGUGUGCUGAGAACUGGGGGAGGAGCAGUUUUGCCAGGGCUCUAAUUGAACUCAAUGCGGAGUAUGAGAUAAAGGAUCAUAUCACUAUUGCUAUUCCGAAACUUGAUGAGGAGGGUUAUUUAAUGGAAAGAGUGGAUGUGGAAUAUGAAUGGAAACCAUUACGGUGCUCUUUGUGUUGUGUAUUCGGACAUAAUGACCAAAACUGUAGUAAGAAUGUUCAGAGCAAAAAGAACCAGGUGGUUGUUGAUGAUGAGGGUUUUAUUUCGGACAAGAGGAAGACGAUUAGAUUGAAGCCAGUGCAGAAAAACCAAAAGCCGAAAAUUAUCUACAAGCCUAAGAUAAACAAAACAGGGCCGAGUACUUCAGGUACAAAAGAUGAUUUGCUGAAUAAUGACAAAGCUAGUAACGUUAGUACAAAGAAUUCAUUUGAGGCGCUUUCAAAGAAUGAUGGAGAUGCGGAUGUGUUAGAUCCUGAUGACGGGUUAGAAACAAGACCGGUUAUGAAUAAUGCUAGCGGGAGCCAAGUGCACAUUGAUGAUGAGGUUGUGGAUUCGAUUCCUACUGAAAUGUCUAAGUUUAUGAGGAAUGAUAACAGGAAAGAUAAAUCUGAGGGGGCAAGCACUCCCGGUCUAGAUAGUUUGAAUGGAUAG